GCUUGCUGUUGUUGGUUUUCACUUUUACUCCAAGUCAAUAUGCUAUAUAUCUCAUUUAUCAUACCGAUAAUCUUUCUGCUGUCCCCUGUCAAAGCCUGGAACCUAGACAGGCGUUGUGUGGAGUUAGGCUACGAAAGUGUAGUCAAGAACGGUAUGACUGGGGCACUCGACCUUGCAGCAGCAGCGGUAGACACUCUUGAUGCUCUCAGCAGCCACACGAAUAACGCAGCUCAGUUGGACCUGUUUCAAUACAUCUUCGGAUUUGCAGUCAAAACCACGAAUGGGCAUAGAGAAGUCAUCCCAGAGGAAGUUAACUAUAUAAAGGGUAUCUAUAACAAUGUUCUUAAGUUUGCAGUCUUAACAGGCGAUGAAAGAUCCAACGACGUUGUCAUAUACUGUGACUACUCCCGCUACAUAGAGGGCAUGGAUUGCAAUGGAGUUGAGAACAGCUCGGUGGCGUGUGACAAGGAUACAAGCAGAAAGGUUGACAUGGACUUCUCAUAUAAGUCGUGCAAAUCAAAGUCCGGGUACAUCCCACUUAUGGCGCUCACCGGGUCAAAUGGCUUAUCCAACUUUGGUCAAGUUGAUAUUUGUGGUUGGUAUUUGGAAUUUCGCUCAAAGUCCAAGAUUAAAUACUGGUGGCAUCUUGGUGCUAAAAUGCUCUUGGCGUGGCCCAUACACGCCGGCUACAAUGCUCUCUAUCAACGGACUCGGAUGGAUGGUUAUGCAUUGUUGGACCAUACGCUCAUCCAUGAGCUGACACAUGCCAUAUCGGUUCGUCCGACAGACGACAUUAGUGGUUGGAAGCGCUGUGUAGAAUUCGAAAAGAAACGUGAAUUGGGUCGAUUCAACGCUGAUAACUAUGCAUACUUUGCGCUUGAUCAGGAUAUUCACAAUUUCAGGAGCGAGAAUGAUCAGCCCAACCGACAACAAGCCGCCUCAACGGCCUAA